AUGAGACGCACAUUCACAGAAGAACCAUCAAAUUGGAACCACGGCAAACAAGAGAUCUCACCAGAUGUUAAAAUCCAUUAUGUCGAUGUUCAACCUUCCUCUUUCAACAAUCAACCGUCACGCCCUGCAAGUGAGAAGACCAUCCUGCUCAUACACGGGUUUCCGCAGACAUGGUAUUGUUGGCGACAGGUGAUUCGACCAUUGACCGAGUUGGGUCUUAGAGUUAUAGCUGUCGAUUAUCGAGGAGCGGGCGAUUCUGAUAGACCAAGGGACGGGUACGAUAAAUUGACAAUGAGCAGGGAUAUCCAUACGUUAUAUAAAGAUAAACUCGGCAUAGAUAAGGUCAUAUUGGUGGGGAGUGAUAUAGGGAGUAUGGUAGCUAGUAAUUUGGCGAUGCAAUUUGAAGAUGAUGUAGAAGCUUUGAUUACUUUUGAAGCACCCAUCCCAGGAACUCAAUCUUUCGACAAAGCUACCACCGAACCAUCUUCGACUUGGACUUUCCUAUGGCAUUUCUUCUUUCACAAUCAGGCGGAUUUGCCUGAACUGUUAAUUCAAGGUAAAGAGAAAGAGUAUAUUGGACAUUUCUACCAUCGUCUGUGUUAUGAUCCUUCGUCCCUGACUGAUAAAGAUCUAGAAACAUACACAAAAGCCUUUUCUUCUCCUGGUGGAAUCCGCUGUGGACUAGAUACUUACCGAGCAUUCCAACAGGACGUCAAAGAUUUCAGAGAAACGUUGAAGGAGAACGGUAAACUUUCUAUACCGACUUCAACAUUAGCAGGUGAGAGUUCACCAAUGCAAGAGUUCAUCGAAGACCAGACGAAAGAAUACUCAAACGACGUUACUUUCAAACUGGUUCCGAAAAGUAUGCACUGGAUACCUGAAGAGAAUCCAGAAGGGUUCUUAGAUGCUGUAGCUGGGUUCUUGAAGGAUAAGAAGAUAUUAUGA